AUGGCCGUCGCACCGGAGCGCUCGCUACGAUCAGUUUUUGGUAUGUGCAAGAAAAGCAUAUUUUAUACGUUUUAUAUUGCGUUUUUAUGUAAUAGUUAGUAGUGGUGCUUUAUAGUACAAGUAUAUGAGCUCACACCAUUUGCAAGUUUUUAGCUUUUAUGUGUUUAUUAUAUUUUACAAUAGCUAUGAUAUUUUCUGUGUUGCUGUAUGAUGCUUGCGAUGUUACUGUGAGUGUAUGUCCAUACCGGGCAAGACAAGCAUAUUUUUCAAGCUUGCCCGGUGUGGAUAUACACUCAGAGUAACAUCACACAAUCGUAUUCACCUGAGUACAUUACAAUUUACAGCAACACAGAAAAUAUCGAAUAUUGGUAUCGAAGGAACUAGAUUCUGUUCUGAAAUACCACAUACUUGAACCGACCUGACCGUGUAUCUCAGUUGGCAGAGCAUUGGGCUAGUAUUCCAAAGGUCAUAUAAAGUUCAAUGGACCAUUUGCAUUGUAGACUAAAUUUUGAUCUAGACGAAAAUUAGUAAUAUUCCAAAGUUUCGUUGCGAAAUGUUGUAAAAUGCGGAUAAUAUAGCCUUGCGAAGUUUGCCAUUUUUCAGUCAUUUUGUAUUACGCACGGGAAAUUGACAGCCCAAUCGGGUGUUGGGGCAUCAAUUUCCUGUUUGUAAUACAAAAUGACUGAAAAUUGCAAAUUUUGCAGGGCUAUAUUAUCCGCAUUUUAUGAUGAAACUUUGGAAUAUUACUAAUUUUGUGAUGCUCUUUCAAGCUGUGAUGAAAUUUUUGUCUAGAUCAAAAUUUAGUCUAUAGUGCAAAUGGUCCAUUCCCACCUUGUACAGGCAUAUUUUUCAAGCUUGCUCGGUGUGGAUAUACACUCAGAGUAACAUCACAAGCAUCAUACAGUAGCUAUGUUUGGUAGAAUAUUUGACUGUCUAUCCUGAACUGAUCUAUAUUCUAAUGUUGAUUUUAGUUGGAAAUAUUCCAUAUGAAGCCUCAGAAGAACAACUCAAAGAAAUAUUUUCUGAUGUCGGGCCAGUCGUCAGUUUCAGGUUCGAGUAAUUCAAGAUUAUAAUAAUUGAAGAUUUGAAGUCAGUGGCUGUUUGUACUGAAACAGUACGCUGAGUUUGAUUUGCUAUUCGUACUGCAGUCGGAAUAUUUAAGAUAAACAGACCCCAAACCUUUCUCUAACCCUAACCAAUAAAUGCAUAAUAAACUAUUUGAGAGCUUGCGAAAGUUUUUAAAAUAUUUUAAGAAAAGUUUCUCGAACAGAAAACCGACAGCUAAACUGAUCCCGACCUCAUUUUGUUUCACAAGCAACGCCUUUGCCGAAUACUCUAGCGGCAAGCUUGCUGAAAAGCUGUUGCAAAAAUUUUAUAUUACUAAUUUACGAAAAGUAUGAAUUGGGUCAUAUAAUAAUUUAUUAUAUAAUAAUUUAUUGAAUUCUGAUUGUUUAAUUGGCUGUUUAUGGUCACAUGAUAUUGAAUAGAAAAUUCCAUUUCCCAAGAGCUGAAAAAUGGAAUUUCCAUUGCACUCUCUGCGAGUGCAAUGGAAUAAAACGUACAGUACAAUUGCACUCUUUGUGUUUUCGAUAAAUCGCAUUCCUCAAAAUGCUUCUCAUACGAAUCUAUUAGUCUAUUUUGGUAUUAUAUAAAACAAAUAAUGAAUUUUUUUGUGCAAUGGUAAGAAUAUUUUCAUUCAGUGAAAGAUGGGAUGUUCCAUUCAACUUGGCUGUCGCCUCAUUGAAUGGAACAUUCAAUCUUUCACCUCAUGAAAAUAUUCUUACCAUUGCACUCAUAAACAUUCAUUAUUUGUAUAUUGUUGGCCAUUAUUCCUAAAUGACAAAUUAGGGGCAAAUAAAUUUUUAAAAAAUAUACACUGUCCAUUAGAUGAAAUUAUGCUUUGCCAUGGCUUUAAAUCAACAUGUGUGGUGGUCAUCUUUCAGUUAUCAGAAUAAUGAUUUUCUUGUCGUGCAAUUCAACUGCAACUAUGUAUAAAUGUCAACAUUUAUAAAUUGUUUUUUAGUUUAUCCAGAUUGUUUUACAAUUAAUUGAUGGUUUUAUUUAUCUAGACAAAAUAGAACAAUCUGGAUGAACUCAAAAACAAUUAAGAGAAUAUACCCAGAUACAAACCAUUUCAACAUUUCUGAAAUUGACCACCAUUGCCUGUGCUGCUUACUCAAACCUAGUUCUAUUUUAAGAUUGGUGUUUGAUCGAGACACAGGUAAACCAAAAGGUUAUGGUUUUUGUGAAUACAAGGAUCAGGAGACUGCUGUUAGUGCCAUGCGGAAUUUAAAUAAUUAUGAACUCAAUGGACGGACAUUGCGAGUGGACAGUGCUGCAAGUGAGAAGAAUAAAGAAGAAGGUAUUAAGAGAUUUUAUAAUCCAAAAUAGUGUCCAAACAUGAUCACUGAAUUUUCUCUCCCUUAAAUUAUUAUGAACAUUCUUGUUCCAUAUUGUGGUGCUUUACAGAUUUCUUCUUUAUAAUUGCAUAUGUCACACUAGCUUUAUUGUCUAUUUUUAGAAAUGAUAGCAGCGGCCCCACCAGAGACCAACCCCUAUGGAUCUACAGUUCCUCCCAGUGAGGCACCUUCAGCCAUCACCCAGGCAGUCGCCAGCUUACCUCCUGAACAGAUGUUUGAACUCAUGAAACAAAUGAAAGUAUGUAGUUCACUUUGUUUGACAAGUAUUUUAAAUUGCACAGGGGUCUUAGAGGUCCAGCAGAGUAAUCACUUAUUGAUCCAGUGUUACUACAGGAGGAAACCUAAAUUAAACUAACUUUAUUUAUGCUGGAUAGCUCUAUCAGUUCUAAACUGUUCUCCCUAGAGGUCCAGUAAGCAUCAUCUCUUAUUGACCCAGUGUUACUACAGGAGGAAACCUAAACUAAACUAACUUUAUUUAUACUCGAUAGCUCUAUCAGUUCUAAAUUGUUCUUCCUAGAGGUCCAGUAAAGAUCAUCUCUUAUUGAUCCAGUGUUACUACAGAAGGAAACAUAAACUAAACUAAACUUUAUUUAUACUGGAUAGCUCUAUCAGUUCUAAACUGUUCUCCCUAGAGGUCCAGUAAGGAUCAUCUCUUAUUGAUCCAGUGUUACUACAGGAGGAAACCUAAACUAAACUAACUUUAUUUAUACUGGAUAGCUCUAUCAAUUCUAAACUGUUCUUUAGAGGUCCAGUGAGAAUCAUCAUUAUAUACUUGUCUCUUUUUCAGCUUUGUAUUCAAAAUAAUCCAGAGGAAGCAAGACAAAUGUUGCUUCAAAAUCCUCAACUCUCUUACGCCUUGCUUCAAGCACAAGUUGUAAUGAAAAUUGUCAAUCCUGAAAUUGCACAGGUAUGAAUGGCAGAAAUAUUUAUUGUCUACAACCUCUCUCCUCUUCAGAGUCUAAAAUUAAAAUUGUAGUCAUGGUAACAUAGGGAUAGUAGAGAAUUGUAGUGAUAACAUAGGGAAUCAGGGAUAGUAGAGGACACUCAUCCCGGGGUGUGAGAUGAAGGUUGGUCUACAACAUUCAGAACUCAGCAAAGAGAAGACUGCUUCCCACCACAGAGGCACUGACAAGCAGGCUUGUUGUGCAGCAUGAAGUGUAUUCCUACUGUACGUUUCAACCAAACAAAUUGUACCUAACUAACAAUUUGGUGAAAAAACAAAACAUUAAAACCUGCAAACAUUGUAACUGAUUAUAAUAAGAUUCAUUAGUCACCCCUUGCAGGCAUUACUAGCCAACAAAAUCUUCUUUUAUACUCAAGAAAUAACCAACAAACUAUCAAGUUAUAAACAACACAACAACUUUUAACUCAUUUUAUAAACAUUCAUUUUCUUGCAGGCAAUAUUAUAUCGUCAAGCAGAACCUCCACAGCCUUUACAAUCUGAGGCACCCGGGGGACACCCACCUCCCUCUCACAUUCCGCCUAACCAUCCUGAUAUGAGAGGUCCCCCUGGCCCCCCUGAUAUGAGAGCCCCACCUGACAUGAGAGCCCCACCUGACAUGAGGGGUCCUCCUGACAGGAGACCACCCUCGGACAUGAGAGGACCAGAUAUCAGGGGUCCACCCCAAGAUAGAAGAGAUGGGCGAGGUCCUCCAGAUGACAGAGGACCACCUGAUCGACGAGGACCACGAGAUAUAAGAGGCCCACCAGGUUUUGAUAGACCACCAGACGCGGCUGAACCAAGACGUAACCCUGACUUUAGAGGACCACCUGACUUUAGAGGCCAAGGUAUAUUUAUUCAAAUUUCCAUUGUGAUCUUGUGUAUAUUUGUAACAGACCAAGCUCCAUAUAUCUGGAGUAAGAACUUCAAUCCAAAAAGUCAAGACAAAGAUAGAGUUAUUAUUAUUAUUAUUAUUACACAUAUUAUUAGCACUGAUGAAGACCGGGCUUACGGAUCGAAAGCUUUGCAGUAAUAUAUUUACGUGGUGUUUCCACAAACAAAACUGUUAUAUGUUUUAUCGCCAUGCAAUACAAAGAACUUAAAGAUAGAGCUAUUGGACGUCAGUCCCUUUUGUCUGUGCGACCUUGCAAGGAGUGUGCCAAAAUUUCGUAUUUUGACUUUAUGAAAAUUGGAUGAAAAUAGCAAACGUUUGUCUUGUAUAGUAUUGGAGACGAAACUGACAUGUUUAUUUCUUUAGAUCGUGGAGGACCCGAUUUCCGUGAUCCGCGUGGAUUUGAUCGAGGCAGAGGUCCACCUGAUGACCGUCGUGGUCCGCCGGAAGCACGCCCUGGUCCCCCAGAACGUCCUGGUCCUCCUGACCCACGUUCUGGUCCUCCUCGUGCUGGACCUCCAGACCCAAGAAAUAGCCGUGGUCCUGACCGUGGUCCUGAUCGUGGUCCUGACCGUGGUCCUGAUCGUGGUCCUGACCGUGGUCCUGACCGUGGUCCUGACCCUGGUCCCCGACGUGAUCGUCCUGGAGUCCCUCCUCCCCACAUCCCUGGACCUGAAGAAAGAUUUAGUGGACCCCCACCUCACUGGAACAAAGCUGGACCACCCCCUGCACCUCCCAUCAGUGUCCCUGCACCGGUGGUCCCCACAUCACAACCGAACCCUACCGCAGGUGACGUCACUUCUCAAGAUCAAGAAAAGGUCAGUGUUAAUCACCAGUCGAUUUCGAAACUUCGCAAAUUCGUUACAAAAGUUCAUGGUUUGUCAAGAACGUUUUUGAUUGGCAAUUAGAAAAAGCAGCCAAUCAAAGGUGUAGUUGAUAAAACGAUUUGUGAAUUUUCUUAUGAACUAAGACUACGCAAAUGUUACAUUCAACUUCGGGCGCUACCCACAAUCAAAGCACUGGCACUUGCUCAGAUAUUAUUUCCAUUUUUUAAUUUUUUUAAUUUUCUAGGCCGCUCUGAUCAUGCAAGUGUUGAGUCUGACUGACCAGCAGAUUGCCUUACUGCCUGAUGAUCAACGGCAAAGCAUCAUGGUACUAAAAGAACAGAUAGCACGUAGCUCACAGUAA